CCGCAGAAAGGGGCGCCUAGGAGACCCGCUUCCCGGGCACCGCCCGCAGCAGAUCUGGACGCCGGGGUGCACGCCGGCUCCGCGCCCACUCGGCUGGGCCCGGCCCUCCCGCGAGUCCAGCUCUGCAAACCCCGGCCCGCCGUCCCCGCUGGUUCAGGCCUAGCCCCGCGCCUCCCAGGCGCGGGACCGAGGAGGGUGCCCUGGCGCGGACCUGCCUUUGGAGGUGGCCCUCGGGCCACGGCGGAGGCUGCACUUGCCGCUGCUCACUCGCCCUGUGCGCCGCGACUUCUACCCUCUUGGGUCGCGGGGACCCGGGCAACAGCCUGGUUGUCAGUGCAGGUAUUCCGUGUCCUGCGACUGCGGAUCCUCCGUGCUGCCCAGAGACCCCAUAAGCGCGUUGGACUCUCCUUCCGCCUCCAGGCUGAGCGGCCACGCAAGCUCCAUCUUUGUGGCGCACUGAGAAACUUCCAGACUUCACUGGAGCUGAUCGUCGGCCUCUCAGCCUUUCCUGAGCCUCCUCAGUUCUGAAAUGGCAGCAUUGUGCCAAAUAAUGGGAGCUUCCAGCAUAGCAUCCCGAACUGGAGAAAUUUCCACCACCUUGACCUUGGCUGGAGAACCAUUCACCGCUACCUCAGCCCAGACUGGAGAAGCUUCCACAGGGGCACCAGUCAUCACAGGAGCAAAGCAAACAAGUUGUAUGACUGCGAUGGUGUCUUCGACCUCUACAUCGUCUUGGAUGCAUGAGGCAAGGAGGUAGCUCAAGGCCUGGGGAUGACCCACCGAAGCCUCCGUAUAGAAUACAUGGAUCCAGAAUUUGAACUCUGGAAUCUUAGUCUUUGUUUUCAACAGUUUGAUUAUAGUGUACCUUGAUGUGGAUCUUUUUAUUUUAUUGCAUUUGGAGUUAGUUGAGAUUCUUGGAAUUGUACGAUCAUGUCUUUCAUCUAAUUUUGGACAUUUUUGGAUGUUAUUUCUUCAAAUAAUGUUUCUGCUUCUUUUUCUUAUUUGCUUCAAGAAUUCACACCAUAUGUUUGUUGGUCUGCUUAAGCGUGUCCUACAGGUCCCUUAGACUCUGACCACUUUUAUUCAUUCUUUUUUCUUUAUGCUCCCAACACUAAACAGUGGCAAUUGUCCUAUCCUCCACUUUGCUGAUUCCUUGCUCUGCCUAGUAAAAUUUGUUAUUGAACCACCCUAAUGAAUUUUUCAAUUUAUUAUUACACUUUCUGCUCCAAAAUUUCUGCUUGGUUUUUUAAUAAUUUAUGUUCUUGGUGAUAUUUACUUUCCUCAUAUAUCAUUAUCCUGAUUUCCUCUAUUUCUUUGUCUUUAUUUUCCUACCUCUGAGCAUAUUUAAGAUGCUUUUAAGUGUUUGUCUAGUAAGUCUCAUGCCUUGGCUUCUUCAGGAAUGGUUUCUGUAAUUUUAUUUAGUUCCUUUGAAUGAACAAUGAUCCUGUUUCUUUGUAUGUUUCACUUUUUUUGUUGAAAAUUAGGAUUUUUAUUACUAUAAUGUGGUAUCUCUAGAAAGCAGAAUUCACCACAGCUUACUGGGUUGUAUUUGCUUUUAUCUGUUAAUGUAGACUUGUGUAGUAGUCCGUUUAUUCUGCAACUUUUCCAAACUACUUUUGCAAAGAAUAUUCCUUGUUGUGUGAGAUCACUGGAGUUUCUGUUCCCCUAACUCUUAUUCACUGAAUGUAUUGACAGAGAUUUCCCAAAUGCCAGGAUCUGAAACAAACAUAAAACCGUUACAAAAUUGUAAAAAGACAUGGGGUGGCAGGGAGAGGCCACCUCUUCCAUUCUUUGCAGAAUGUUUCUUUGCUGGGACAUUCCUUUAGCACUUAGCUAGACUACCACUGAGCCUAGGGAUCAGCCUAAGGUGAAACUUAAGGUCUUCUCAAGACUUUCCUGAACUUUCUCCUGGCCUGAGCGUAUGUGUCUGUUUUUAAAUUCACCUAUGCCCACAGCUGAUUUUAAACAUCCUAAUUGACUCCAGCCAGGUAAGGAGAGUUUUACACAAUAAUUUGUAAGUAAGGUCGACACUGCUCCCUCUAGAUCAAGGACAACCUGGGACUGGACCAGUGAUCACGACCAAAACUGCCACCAUGCCAGAGAAGGUGUGGGAGAAAUGUGAUGAAAUAUGCAACAAAACUCCUACCAUUUUGAAAAUAGCUAUUUCUUGAUUGCACAUUUGCUUUAUUGUUGUAAUCUUUUUUUGUUUUCUAGGGCUCCUACAAAGUUGGUGCUGACAGCUUAUGGUUGUUUGUUCAAUGUCUCCAUGGGGGAACGAGGGCUUAGAUGUUCAGGUCUGCAGUUUUGGUGACAUCAUUCAUGCUACAAGUUUCUGUUUGCAAUUUUAUUUUCACAUUUGGGAGAAACUGAAUGAACAUAAAUUUUAAACCAAACACUAUUAUUGUUCACAACAAAAAUCUUGAGGCCCCUGACCCUUUCCUCCCCACUUUUGAUCUCACUUCCCAGAGGCAAGCCACUUACAAAUCUUCCAGAUUUUUCUUCUGAUAAUAUGACCGUGUUUCCAAUGCUGUGCUUGUAUCGACUGCUAUUUCCUGCUUUUUGAGGUUUAUACAUUCUCUAUUGAGUUCUUAUUAGGGGAAGAGGAAAAUUUAGCUUUCUGAUAGCUCAGCUCCCCUGCAUGAUACUGCCGUAGCCACUUCCAAUGUCCCAGCAUAGUUAUCUCACUAAGAUGUUUUGGCCUCAAGCUUUAAUAUCAGAGAUAUCCUGAAAUAUUUGGUGACCCUCGUCUCUCCAUUCUUAUUUAAGAGUGGGCACUAAAUCAUGAUUGAAGCUCUGUGUGCCAGAAGCCCAUGUAGUUGCUCUGUUCCAAACUGUCUCCUUCCUGGGGACCUGAGGGUCCCUGUAGUAUUUUCCACUGCCAUGAGCACUCGUGUUCUUCUGCGUUCUAGAAUUGAGACCUUCAUUCACAAUAAUCACACACUGAAACCUUUUCCAGAGGAGGUGGGUGGGUUGAAGACUUUUGUUUCCUAUAUAUCUCCUUUGGAAGAUCCUCUUCAGUGGGGGAGAACACAGAGGAGAGGAGUAAUGAGAAGGAAAGUGGAAUGUGGUAUGAAUAGUUAGGAAAGGAGUUGCCACGCACUUAAGUAUAGGAGCUCCUAAGGAAAAGUGUGUAUUGUGGUUGGGUUGACGGAGUCUUAUGCUUUGCCACCCACAGUUGUCACAGCAGUGUCUCCCACAUCUGCCAAGUUCAGGGGGUAAAUCAUGGGGUUUGCAGCUAGUUCUGGGUUCAGGUCCAUGGAAAUUUUGGCAAAUUCCUUGACCUGUGAGAGCCUUAGUUUUCUCAUCUGUAAAAUGGGAAUAAUGAUAUCAUAGAACUGUUUUGGAAUUGGAAAUCAUGCAUGUAAUGUGUCUGGUAUAUACGUACUCCAUGAAUGAUAACCAUAGUAUUAGAAUUAUAUAUCCUUAGUGUACUAGCCAUCUCUUGACAGUUCUAGAUACAGCCAAGAGGAGGCAGAAGGAAUGGUAGAGAGGAGAAGGAUGCUUUUGGGUAUAUGGGAAUUACACAUAUAAAUAUGACAUUCAGGAUGUUUAUGGGCAUGGUGAUCACUGGAGGUGAAAGGAAGGAGCUCCUGGUGGUUCCUCAGACUUACAAUCCGUAUCAAAGACAUGAGCCAACAUUCACUGGGGAAGAGCCCAGAACAGGGCACCAGCCUCAGUUUCAUCCCUACCAUCUGCAGAACCUUGAAAAAACACUUAGCCAGUGAGACCCACAUUUGCCCUCCGUAACCUGCACUAGUGCACACCUGCAGAGGCAUGGGAUUGAGCCCUGGCCAGUAGGGCACGUGGAAGUUCUUCCCACCUAGACAGAGGCACCAUGAGGCUCCAACCCCCUUCAGCCUCCUCAUUCUCCAUUCAGGUUCUAAAGUCAGAGCCAAUGGCAGUGAGAAACUGAAAGUAGGGAUAGGAAGGUCCCACACCUUUCCCUGCUGGUGGGGUAUGAUGACACCAAGACAGCAGUGUCCCAGGCCUGGGUCUGUUCCUCCCCAUGAGUGUUCCCAGAAAAGGCCUUCAGUGUCCAGAGUGGCUCAGCUCUGCAAGCUGAUAAGAAAGUAGUGAAGUAAAAUAGUCUGAGUAGCACAUCCCUCUCCUGCCGGAGGCCAGGGCUCUUGUUGUGGUGUCAAAACUGGGGUACCAGGAGAGCAAACAUAUCAGAAUUGCUUAGCCUUCUCCAACCACUGUAUCCUCCCUUAUUCCUUGUGUAUCAGCCGUCCUGGUUUGCCACCCAAAGUCCCUCAUCCCCAAGCACACGUCAGGUUGGUCACCCUCCCCACCACUCACACUGGUGAAAGUUACCACCAAGGUGAUCCACUGAGCUUGCUGCGGGAGUGUGGCAGCCUUCAGCUACACGAGGUGGGGAAGAGUUGCCAAAGGGUCUGCUGGAAACGGGAGGCAGCAACUCUGCCCACCAGAAGGAGGUGCCUCAUCCCUCUUAAUUAAGUCUUCUUUGUUUUCAGGUCGGACAGCGUAAGCAGAUCCUGGAAUGACAUUUGUGAUUUAGUAGAAAAACUGUUGAAGAGGUUUACAAACCCUAACCUGCGGAUGUCCCUCAUCACCUACUCCUCAUACGGCAACGUUGUCCUAAAGCUCACCUCAGACAGAAAUGAGCUAAAACGUGGUCUUAAAAGACUUCGGGAUGUAGUGCCCUCAGGACCCAGAAACAUGCAGGCAGGAUUGAGAAAGGCAAAUGAGCAGAUUUCGAGAGUUUUCUACAAUAACAGGAAAGCUGCCAGCCUAGUUUAUGCUCUGACCGCUGGACCACUGCUGCCAUCGACAUUAGGGGAUGCUAAGAAUGAAGCCAGCAGGCUUCGGAAUAUGAAGACCAAGGUUUACUGCCUGGGUGUAAAAGACUAUCAGAGAGACCAGCUGAUUCAAAUUGUAGAAGGAAAGACCCACAUGUAUGAUGUGCCCAAAUCCAGUGAUAAGGAAGGCUUUAUUAUAUCGCUCGUGGGAAAUUCCUGUAAGGAAGUUAUGGGUGGGGACACAUUCUAUGCCUGUGUAAGAGAAUCCUACCAACUUGGGUUUUAUGCAUAUGGCCUAAGUCCAGACAGAAUGAAAGACUAUACUUGCAGAUAUAAGUUGGACAAAACCGAAGUCUUCACUAAACCACCUAACUCAGUGACUGAAGAAAAAAUAAUUUGCCCAGGACAUAUUUUUCUUAAGGCUGGACAGGUGGUCGUUGUUGAUUACUCUCUGGACCUGGGCAAUACCUGGAGUGAGAGAAGCUUGAAAAUCACCAGCAAGGACUGUCAUGAGACUGUGGAGCCCCCAGCUGUCCCAACUACAACCACAGUGACCACAAUGCCUACCACUGUCAGGACCAGUAGGACGACAACAAGGACGACGACGACCCCAACGCCUACAACUGUCAGGACCAGUAGGACGACAACAAGGACGACAACGACCCCAACGCCUACAACUGUCAGGACCAGUAGGACGACGACAAGGACGACGACGACCCCAACGCCUACAGCUGUCAGGACCAGUAGGACGACGACAAUAACGACGACGACCCCAACGCCUACAACUGUCAGGACCAGUAGGACGACGACAAGUACGACGACGACCCCAACGCCUACAACGGUCAGGACCAGUAGGACGACGACAAGGACGACGACGACCCCAACGCCUACAACUGUCAGGACCAAUAGGACGACAAGGAUGACGACAAGAACGAUGACAACGAAGACCACAGUGCCUACCGCUGUCACCAUGACAACUACCGUGACAACUGUUGUCACAACCACAGUGACUACAGUUGUCACAGAGGAGGAGACCACAGUGCCCAUGGUUGUCACCCAGAGCCCAGUUCCCAGCAAUCCUCUCUUGUACCCUACACUCAUCCCGUCCCUAGUCGUGAUACCGUUGCUGCUUGUCUGCAUCUGCUGCUGCAAGAGGAUCGUCAAGGAGCCACCACCAGCCCAGAAACCAGAAAAAAAGCCAUGCCCUGUACAGACCAGGGUGAUUGUCUCCUGCUGUGGGUGCCAAGAAGACAGGAUAAAACAGAUGGAGGGAAAACUGGAUACUUUUUACGACUUUGUCCAGCACUGCAGCCAGGUGCCAUUGAUGUGGUGUCCGCCCAGGGACACGGGGAGGUGCACCAAUUUCACCUUAAUGAAUCCCCACUGCACACAAAUGUUCUGCGGCCCAAAGAUCUGCCUUCAACCCAGCCAGGAGUGCUUCCCCCUCAGUAGCUGCUGUUCACAUGGUCAACAUCUCCCACCCACACGCUCUCAGUCACUCUCCAGGAUGCUGCCGCUGAUCCCUCCUACUGCCUGGAAGCUCUGCAGAAGUACUUUGUCACUCCCACCCCCAUAGACCAACAUCUAAAGCACCAAAAACACAAAAUUGUUAAGAGCCCCUUUUGUACUGAAUUGGACACAUAUAUUGUGUUUUGGUUUACAGUCAAAAGGAGUUGGGAUUUGUUGUUGAUUAGCAAGAGAGUUUGUUACCUGGUGAGCACUGCUCCACUGUAUGAGAUGCAGCUAUACUGCUCCGCCAGGACAAAGCACCCUGGUGUCCUGUGGAUGUAGACAUGAUGAGUCUCAUUCCCCACAGACAGGUCUUCAUCUGUCACCAUGGGUUGAGAUACGUGGGGUUUUAGCCAAAAUAUGCUCUUUCCAAAAAGCCCACAAUAUCUUUGAUGUAUGAAUACAGUCUGGUGUCCAUUA